CUUCCGCAAUAAGGUCAGAAUCAACUUUCACUCUCCACAAAUGUUGCUUCAGCUUCAAGAAAGUUCAGAACAGACGAAAUCGUUCGAUUGGUUAUUUCGACAUAGAUCAUAAUUCCCUGUUUUGGUUUGUAAGCUUCACAGUCGUAUUGAUCAGGCUUGGGAAAGUUUUCGGAAAACGUGGCCUUUGUUUUGGUUAAAGCAAAAACAAAAAUUCAAGUCUGGAGAGGAGGCCAGAUCCCGCGAGAAUGAAUGAAAAUCAUGACAUACUGGACGGCAAACCGUUCAAACUCAUCGUUUUUGGCGAAGCAGGUGUCGGAAAGUCCGGUGAGUUGUAUAACUUUGAUCUAUAGCCGUUGCUGAACUAGUUCUCAGUGUAAUUGUUGUGAUUCGAUAUCUUCGGCAAAACAACGAACUUUUCAUAGUUGUGAUAAACUGUUUCGGAUAAUUGAAUCUUAUGAUCACAAAGCCUGCAUUUUAUAUUCCGUAAGUUUUGUUUACCAUCUACGAUAGCCGGAAUAUCUCGCCGAAGGAAUCUUUCACUAUGAAAACGAAAGCAAAACAUUUUAUAUGAUAAUGAAUGCUUCUUAGUUCUUUGCUGAGGCUAACUGUCAACAAAACUUACAAACAUGACCUGGAGUCCUUGUGGUAGAUUACGAUCAAAUCAUUAAAAAGCUGGUUGCACGCAAUAAUUUAAUUUUCGAGGAAAACGCAAAUAUUUGUCUCUAAAUAAAUUUUUAAACAUUUUAUCCUUAAAAUUUUCAAAGGAAACUUUAGCUGAUUUCAACCUUGUCAAUAUCAUAAGGACACUGUCGAGAAAACAUGCAAUGAUAACGUCAUAAGUGUUGCUGGAUGAGAUGUUACUGUCUUAGCCAGGAAGAUCUGUUUCGAAUUAGAUACGACUAAAAAGAAGCUGCAGUGAAGAGGAAAUCGGAACUAUUAGGGUUGUUUUGCACGAUUUAAAUGUUUUUGCGUCAACGACAUGGUUAGAUACGAAAGUGUUUCAAUAUCCAGUCUUCCUUGGUGGCCUCUGCUUAGUGACAAACAAGUCGUAAGAGAUGUCACGCUAGCGACUUGAGUGGUCUUCAACCUCAUUCUCAGUGUCCUCUCUCUUCCUUCCUCUAUUUGCAAAGUUGUGUGAAAUAACACUUGACAUAACGUGUGCGUUUACUUUGUUAUGAAGGGCGCGAUCAGAGCCAACAAGUCAAUCUUGCCAAUUUUUUGAACGUAAAAUACAGUGUAAUCUAAUCAUGCUUGCCUUCCUUCUUUGAAAUCAAUUUUGUUGGUAAUCCUGGUUAAUUAAAAUACUUUUCGGAAUUUAAGGGAUUUUUCAAUCAGAAUUUGUCACUUUAGGACUAGAUCGUAUAAUUUAUUAUCUGAUUAUUCGUUGUGAUGUAAAGGACUAUCUAAUUCAAAUCGGUACGUGUUUCAUCUACUACGACGGGGGGAGUGUAGCAUUUAGUCGACCUACAAGUAAGAGUAAGGUAGAAAAACGGAAUAUUUCACGUAACUUGAGCUUUCGUCAUCAAAUUGUGAUUACAGAUGCAAAUUUUAUCACGUGAAGGUCAAGCAAGUGAAACUGUUACUAAAAAUUGAUGAACAAAGUUGUCGAGUUUGAUUUGCUUGUUGAGCCGAUCCAAUUUCCUGUGAAGAUUGCUCAUUGUUUCUCGCAGUAGUCACCGAGGGAAGGCGGACUACAGUUUAGGCUUUAUUAGCCUAAGACACCUUGUGGAUAAUACAUGAAUACAAAAUUGUCACCAUUACUUUUCGUCAUAAGGACUACUUAGUAUGACAUAGGCUCGACUUUAUCGUGUUCAUGGUAACAGGGUGACUUAAUACUCUUGAUCUUUCACAGCUUACCACUUGACAUAACCAUUGUAUCCAAUCAUGACUAAGAAUAAAACCUCUUCAUAGGAUAGUAAGAGCCAGAAUCCUGAUAAUUUAACUCUAAUUUACCUUUUAGCCAACCAUCUAAUCACAAUAAUAAGAAAAUUAAAACGACACUAAAAACAACAAAUAUUUAAUACAUGCGAAACAUUUUCUUUUUUUUCAUUUUUCCAAAUGAUUUUAGAGGUCUCUUGAAUAAAGCUAUCCUUUCCAUGGUCGCUGUUCAUUUGUUCGCGCCUCACGAAGUCGAUUACAUGUCAGUCAAUUUUGGGAAGGUUCUAUUUCUUGCAGUUUUGUUGACCAUUAGAUAUCCUGCCCUCUUGUCAUAUACAGCUAUCUUCACUUCCUUUCAAAUGUUUACUAAGGAAUUAUUGGAAAUUUAAGCUGAGUGUGUUCAAUCGAGGGUGGGCGGUUUAAUGUCAAGAGUUCAUUUCCGUUACACUCACUGAACCCCCAAAAAAUUUCAUUUAGCCCAUGAAAGGAGCCCAACAAUGGGCUCCCGCCUAUGUAAGUUUAUGUUAAACCAAUAUGGUGAAUGUUUGAAUUUGAUCAUAAUAACUGUGUUAAACCAACAUGGUGAAUGUUUGAGUUUGAUCAUCAUAACUGUGAUAACUGUAAAACAAUUUUGUAAUCCUCUCUAUUUCUAAGAUGAUAUGGAGUCAGUUUAGUUAUUAAAAGCUUUUCGAGAUUGUCAACGAAACCAUACUAGUUAAACAAUAAAGUAAAACUUCGGACGCCCAGCUAGCUAACUUGGCUGUUUCCAUGCCCACUGACUCAGUAUAUUUGCGUUUUUCUUGGCAACAUAACAUCGCUUUAAAAGCGUAAUUACGCACCAGUCAUUCAGUUAGUCUAAAAUUAUGAAAGCUCUCCUGAAAUAAACUAGAAUUUUGACAAUACCAACAGCCUACGCAACUUUUACAGACUAGACGAUGCUUUUGUCCAAUAGUUAAAUUAUACACACUAUUUGGUGAGAUUGUUUAAGCAGAAUUCAAAACUUUUGCCGACCUCUCCAAGGAGAAACAGUAUUUACUUGAAGUUACAGCAAAGUACUGGCACAUUACCGUUUUCCGAGAAUGCAUGAAUUGGCCUCUUGAAGACUGUUGUUUUGCGCAGCUCUUCCGGAUCCUAAAACAACUGACUUUAUUUCUCUCUUUUUCCGAACUGGUUGGUUUGUCCUCAAAUUUCUGCAAUCCACGGGGUGGUUUUAAAGCCUUCCUAUCAAGUUGCUGGGUAAACCGCAGUAAUACCCAAAUGAAUGAGUCGGAAAGCAAAGGGAUUUUUAUAAUUAGACUUUUUGGACCAAAAAGACGUUGACCAAAAAUUGAUGUGAACUGUGUGCUCAUCUUUCGCAUCUGUGAAUUUUACGCUUGAUAAUUAUGUAUCCUCGUGACAACAACGAGUGGUUCUGAAAUUGCAUCGUCCUGCGUACAGGUUGUUAUGCACGUUCUUGACUGAACCCGCAGUUGGCAUUUCAUCAAGACACGGUCACCUGUUUUCUCUUUUGAAGUUUCCAAAAAAAACCAAUCAUUCGAAGUGCGUGGCGGAAGAACAUUUUUGCCAUUCACGUACGCGAAAUCUAACUCUGUCUUUUUCGAUAUAGACUAUAUCUUGGGACACUCGAGAAAUGAAAAAAGGAAACACCUUGCGUACGACUAACCCCAUGGCAGAUUAUGACGAUUUUUUCCUGACUUUUUUAAAUCCACUUCAACCAAGGGCAUCAUUACAAACAGCAUGCUUGAGGGAAGAAAAUCACAGCGUGUUGCGAUGUUAAAUACGUGAUCGCCAUUUCAUCCAAGAGGAUUAUCCAUUCAAAUCACUUUAGCCAAUUGGCAAACAUGCCGUAUGUGUAAACAGAGACGAGAGAAAAAGAAACUCACUAAUCGCUGUAUGGCCAUUACGACCCGGGAUAUUUAGUUCCCUACUGAAGACAAUCCAAUGCCUGGAACUCGAGAACGCCUCUCCCUUCUUAUCAAUCAAAGUUGUUCUCUAGGAAAUUGAUGAGGGAAAAGUUUCUGAACUUCGUCUUUUCGUGUGUUUUUAAAGAAUUCAGUCGCCAAAAACAUAUGAAAUGCAUUGUCUAAUUUUUUUUAGGUUCAGUCUAAAAGGCUGUCCUGAAUUGCUGAGAUGCAGCUCUAACAGCUUUCAAUAGCGUAUUUUUACGACUCUUCCGGUAUGUAUUACUGUUUGGGCAACGAUGUCCAAAAAAAACGAAGGAUUAUUGUUUAGAAAAUGCGAAAUUUUCUACACUGAAUGGCUCGUGUGCUUAACGAACCUUCUAAUUACACUCGGCCAAAAGUUGUCGAUUGUUUUAAACUUUAACAAUAAUCCCUGAUGAUGAACUGGAAGAUUAAUGCCAGAAUUAACAUCAUUUCGACAGUUUUUUUGUGUAGCUACAACACUUGAUAUAUCACCCAUCUACUUUCACUCGACCGGAAAUUCGUGGUUCAGAUCCAAAGUGAUCGUGCAAUUGAUCUUCCGAUAACUGUGUUUUUCUAUCAUUAUCAAAUGCUAUGAUUCACUAAAGAAAAUACUUGAUUUGCUUAUUCAGCAUCUUGAUUUAGCUAAAAAAUAUCUAUUUCAUAGUUUCAUCCAACGCUUCAGCUUUUUUUUUUUAAAAACGUGACCUGAAAGUGGUGGUCUCUCGACUGGGUGUCUUUUUAAUUAGCAAAUUAAAGGUAUGGAAUGUUUGCGGAGUAUUACAAUUUCAAUAAAAAAACAAAGGGCGAAUUAUUUAAUCUGUGAUUAAGAUCUCUAAAUGAUGACAGGAGAUAACCUUCCAAGGGCGCAGUACAAUAAGCUGUAACUCGAUGAAUCUUUGACUUAAAGUAGUACCGUCGACAAAGACGGAUGGUGUUAAUUGCUCGUGUGCUAAAUCUAGUAGAAUUUGCUAAGGCUUUGAUGAUCUAAAAUCGGGAAGAUAGUCUUUGAUCGUCUCGCACCGGAACAAGACUUCCACGCGUAGAAAACCCAUAAUUUGUAAACAGUUAACGCCUCUUGAUUUCACUUACAAAGUUAAGAGUUGUAAUGGCUGUGAAUAAAAGUUUGGGAGUAAGCUUCGAGCAUAAACAUUUCUGAUCAAGGGAGAGAAAUAAAUCGCACGAUGAAGACAGCGCUGUUCCAUUUAGCGCGAAUGCUCCAAGCUAUUCAAAAUGAAAACCGAUCUACGGGAAGUGGGUGGUUUAUUUUUUUGUGGCAACCUGCUUGUAUAAUUAUAGCUUUGCGCUUAUAAUUAAAUUAAGCUUUGUGAAAUACCACACUCAAAAGAGGUUAACGAAAAGGUCAAAUAUGAAUGCCAUAAAAGAUAGAUGGCACAAUGGAGCGAAAAGUCCACACUAAUAUCUGCUUAUUACUUUAGACUAUCUACUUAUUACUUUUGACAUAAAUACGUGCUUGUUUAAAUUGAAAAAAUUAGUUAAAUUAAUUCCGAAAACUAUUGUUCAAAAUACACAGAAGUGGUGUUACGUCUUACUGCUGCUUAAGCAAUGCUAUCUGUUUACAAAGAGAACUGAAGUUAUCACGCAGGGAGUGGUGUUGCGUGCUGUUUCCAAUGCAUGCUUUCAUCACGUACCGGUGUGAAAUAUCGUCAAUUCGACAAUCGUUUGUUCAAAGAAGUGAAACAACGCCAAGAAACAACCGAUAUAAAUGGCCGUCAAGAUACAAUUUCAAGACUUAUGCGUUAUUUGAAGUUUAUCAUAUGUCAGUGGGGGUGAUGAAAGCACUCUUAUCACUCUCUCGAACCUCCUUGUUUGAACCUUAGCUCAUCAAAAAAAUCAUCUUCUAUAGCGCCGUCUCUUCAUUUCCUUCUACAAAUACUAAAAUUCAAUUAAUUAAACUGCCCAUACGUUUUACCGCAGAGCAGACUCGACUUUGAAGAUAUCUCAAAUUGGUUCAUACGUGCUGUCAUGUGUAAGAAAAGAUAACUUCAAAACGUUUUCUCAAGGAGGUCGAAUGUAAAUAGGGUUUGCCUUAGUAUUUCAAUCUGUUCGUCAAAAUGAGAUUUAAAUUUCCAUUAAAUUCAUAAAGACCGCUGUAAUGCUCUCACCAGUAAUGUUCAUUUGCUUUCCAAACAUCGUUCGCUACUUUGACUAAAGAUAUAUCGAGGAUUUGAAAACAUCAAGGAAAGAUUAAGCCUAAGAGCAGCAAUUACCGCUGAUGAUCCUGCGGUUAGUGAGGUGCAGAGAUACCCCAUUUUGUUAUCAUAGUCAAAGAGCCCUCCUUCCGACAAAUCGUUGUUUACUUUUUUAUCUUAAGAUAAGAUGUAAAGCGAUGAAUUUUUCUACAGGUACAGAAAUAUUAAUUUUAAUGAAGACUUCAGGGCUUCCCUGAAAUCCAAGGUUGGAAACUUGAAUACUCCUAAGUUUCGAAACGACCACAUUUAUUCAACAAGCUAAUUCCUCCAGAUGUGCAAGAUGUGAGUAAAAAGAAACAUUUCGCGGCGCAUUAUAACGAAAAGCUCUGUUAUGGUGUCAACUCUUCUUUUAAAAUGAAUGCAAAGCCUUAGAGUCUUUGUCUAAAUCGACGAAUAAGGCGAGUCGUAUCAGUACAAGAAUCUGGUGACAGUGUCAGUUCCUUUCGGUCCCAAACAAGACAAAUAAUUGUUUUAGGCUUGGCCAGAAAGCUUUACCUUAGUCACAUUUUAAAUUUUCAUAUGAGGAGCACACACCCCGAGACAGCAAUUCCGAGUACUGUAGAACUAACCGCAUAAAUAUGGACAAAACAGUCACUUUAUCGUUUUGUACCGACAUAAAUAGACUUACCUCAUACAAUUAUCUUGAUUUUCAGCUUUGAGCAUUCGAUACGUUUGCCAAGAGUUCUCGGACGCCUAUGACCCAACAAUAGGUACGUUGGACAGAUUUAUCAACCGUCAAGUGGAUAUUGCAUUAACAGAAAGAUAGUAGACAUGACGUAAGAGGUCGAUCGAUCAGCUUCAUAUAAGUUCAAUUAGGCGGACUUAUAAACAAAUUGAAUUAGCACUUGAAAGCAUCCUGUGGAGUUUAAUUUGGUUUCUUUAGAAGGGAAUCUGCACCCAGUGCCUCUCUUUGUUUGCUGAAAUUACAAAUGAAAUGGUUGGUGGGUAAAUUAAAAAGAUGGUAUUUAUGUUUUUAAACAAGUUCUUCAUUGUCUUGUCCUUUUCAUCCUUUUGUUAUAGCGAGAAAUGGCUCAUCUCCUGUAGAGGCCAGUAGAACCAUGCCGAAUUAAAAAAAAAUUUGAACAGAAUCACUACAAUUGAAAAGAUUGGCACACCCACACCACCAACUCAAAACAUAUGGCUAAAUACCAAACAAAUUCCAAAGAAACACAGAAACCUGACCACAAACAGUUCAAACACCCGGCUCAAAACAGAAUGGCUUUUCAAAUUCACACUUGGCAAAAAUCCACAAUACGAACCCAACCCAAAACAGCAACACAAAACUAAACCGAGAACAGAAAAAAAUUUGUUUAGAGCCUGAGAACAUACGUGCAUUUAGCCAACACUUGUGGUUAAACAUCUGUAUAUUUAUCUUUCACACGUUUUAUGCCCUGAAAGCUAAGAAAAACCCUUACCUUUAUUUUACACGUAUCAUUUUACUUAGAAUCGUUCAUAUAACGAUGAUACAAGCAACUCAUUGCAUCAGUUGGUUAGUUGUUGUUAAAUUUUAGUAAAGAAGGGAGAAAAAAAACUGAACAAAAAUUUCCCUCUGUUAUUCGUCGCAUGGUUGGAUGCGAAAUUUCUUGAGAAACAUCAGGAGAGGACUUUAUUCUCUCUCGGAAAGAUUCAUUGUUUCUUUGACCUUUAGAUAUGUAGAUAUGUAUCUUUAGAUACAUCAAAUCAAUCCAAAUAACUCUUUUGCUGUGGUUGUAGUGUAUUUUUUUUACUUAAGAAAUUCCGUACUUUCGAGAUAAUUCAUUUUAUUUCCAGGACUUCAGCUUGCCCCCUUCGUUCUCUUCCCAUGCGCGUUAAGACAAUUUCAAUCACUGAAAGCACGACUUUUCUGAAAAUCUUGCCUAGCAUAGCUUUGACCGCGCUAAAAUGUGAUAGAGAGUAAAUGUCUGAAAAAGUCUAGUUUUAGGAAUUAUUUGAUACACUGAGAUGCGGGCUGUUAAAUGUCUCUUAAACUUUGGUUAUUUUUAAGAGGAUAACUACGAAAUAAAUAUUGAGGUGGAUGGAUGCCCGAUCAAAGUUGAAGUGGUUGACACGGCAGGAAACGUAAGUUUACCCAAUCUCAAUUUCACUCCCACGACCUUGAAGUACAACCAUUCUUAACUCAAAGAUCAAGCUACCCUCUGAUCUUCCAGUCAUUUCAGUGAUGCUAGAACCCUGAAUUACUGUGGCUCAAGCUGUGGUGACAUUGGUCUCCAACACGUGACAAAAAGUUUACUUGACAUUUAACAAUUGAAAGUUACAAACAACACAUAACAUUUAUCAUCAUUCUCCUCCCUUUAUAUAGUUUUAAACUAGAUCUCCUUUCAGUCCAACUUCGCCCAUUCUUUGUUCAGUAAUUGUUUGUUACAUUCACCCAUGCGUAAAUGUGUUUGACUCGUAAAUAAUUUUAUUUAAGGACGUGUUCCGGCGAAUGAGAGAUCAAUACAUAAAAAGUGGGGACGGAUUCUUAUUGGUUUAUUCCAUAACAGACCGCUCUAGUUCCACUGCAAUCACGUCUUUCCAUGAACAGAUCGUUGCUGCUAAAGGAAAAAAGGACAAAAUCAUACCUCAAAUCCCCAUUAUUUUGGUUGGAAACAAAGUGAGCAAAGUUACUCAUUGUUUUCUUGAUUGUUAUUUUUGUUAUUGCUGUGGAUUCGUGCUUCAUUGACCUAUUUAUAUGUCAGUAUGUUGAUUUCUCGAUUUAUUUUCAUGUGGAUUGUGCACGUCUUUGAAUUGUUGCCUCUGCGUUAGGUAAUUAUUCCGUAGUAUCUGCUUGCGUCGUUUGCCUUUCUCCAAUUUGCACUGAUUUCUGUGAAAUCGGUUCAGAAGUCAUUAGAGAACCUUCAAAUGACGUCUACUGGAUUCGGUGAAAAAAAGGGAAAAAAAGUUUUUACAAUAAAACAUUGUAACCUGAAUAAAAUUCUGUUUUACAUCAAUAAUGCCCACAUAUCGAUCUACCACAUACAGACAAAACUGAUGUUGUUACUCUCUGGAGGAAUUUUAUCUUACUGGUGGGAUGGUUUAAAUCUUACUUUAACUCUGGCUCACAUGUAACCUCACUACAACGAAAUGCAUUCUUGACCAUCGUAUAAUUAUUUUCUGAAAUCACAAGUUCCCCGCCAUUUUGGGCAAGGCUCGGCGAAAUCCUCAUUUUCUGAAGUCGCACGUGUCUGGUUUCUAUUUUGUACUAUUCUAAAUCUUAUUUUGUUCCAUCUUCAGAGUGACCUAGAUGAUGAAAGAGAAGUUUCAUAUCAGGACGGGAAAAAAAUUGCUGCUUCCUUAUGUUGCUCAUUUUUUGAAACCUCUGCCAAGAACGACAUUGGUGUAGAUGAAGUAUUUGCCAACUUGGCAAAAAAAAUGAGAGAAUCUAGAGCGAACUCUGUCCGGAAAGCUUUCAUAAGAGAUCGACAUAGAUUCUCUUUGCGAAAUCUGUCGCUAAAGGAGAAGAAAUGUAAAGAGAAGCUGCAGGCCUUUAGGGCAGGUGAGACAAAGUCCAAACUAUCUAAGAGGGCCAAUGGAAGAUUUAGGGGACUUAUUUGCGGAGCAAGAAGUCUGGAUACCAUUGAUGGUUAG